GGCUCUUCAUUUAGCUGCUUCUGAAGGUUGGACUGAAGUUGUUGUUUUGCUUCUUGAGAAAGGUGCUGAUGUUAACUCUUUAGAUCGUUGGGGUCGAACCCCAUUGUCCGAUGCACGUAGCUUUCGACAUCACGAGGUUUGCAAGAUACUUGAAGCUCGAGGGGGAAUCGACCCGGUGGGAGUCGACUCUCAAGCUCCAUGCUUUGAAAUCGAUCACAGUGAGGUCGACAUGGAUGAAGCAACCCUCAUCGGAGAGGGAGCAUAUGGUGAAGUUUAUCUGGUAAACUGGCGUGGCACUGAAGUUGCGGCCAAGACAAUCCGUUCUUCGAUCGCAUCAAAUCCUAAAGCAAAAAAUACCUUUCUGAAGGAAUUGGCUUUGUGGCAAAGGUUGCGCCACCCUAAUAUAGUGCAGUUCCUCGGUGUUCUGAAGCACUCUGAUCGUUUAAUCUUCCUCACCGAGUACCUUCGGAAUGGAAGUUUGUAUGAUAUAUUGAGAAAGAAGGGAAGACUUGAUCCACAAACAGCCAUCUCCUAUGCUCUUGAUAUUGCAAGAGGCAUGAACUAUCUACACCAGCAUAAACCUCAUGCUAUUAUACACCGAGAUUUGACGCCAAGAAAUGUGUUACAAGAUGAAGCUGGCCGCCUUAAGGUUACCGAUUUCGGUUUGAGCAAACUUGCACAGGAAAAGGAUUCCUAUGGUUACAAAAUGACUGGGGGAACUGGUUCAUAUCGGUAUAUGGCACCCGAGGUUUACCGCCGAGAAUCCUACGGGAAGAGCGUUGAUGUCUUCUCCUUUGCUUUAAUACUGCAUGAGAUGUUCCAAGGAGGACCAUCAAACAGGGCGGAAACAGCCGAACAAGUCGCGGACAAGAGGGCAUACGAGGAUUUGAGGCCACCGCUCUCUUCAUUCUUUUACCCCGAACCGAUCAAAAUGCUUCUUAAAGAAUGCUGGCACAAGAAUCCGGAUUGUAGACCGACGUUCGAAGAGAUAAUAGUGCAGCUAGAGGUAAUCGAACAGAGUUUUAAAGAUGGGAGAGGAAUGGAAGCUUGCUGUAGCUGUGUUGUCUCAUAAAGCUAUAGCUACAUGUCGUCACUAGUGGAGUACUUC